CUCUGGCGGGAGACAAACAUCGCAGGUGGUAUUGUCUGCGGUGUUUAAGACAGAGGCUCGGGGGAAAAAAUAGUUUUAUUUAACAUUUACAGAUUUCUCCAGAUAUUUAUUUGCCUUGGUUUUGCUUUUAAUUUGGGAGUUGAGACAACCUAGUAUACUGCUUUAAAAGGAUAGUCCUCUAAAUUGGAAUUUGACAAUAAAAUAGCUCGCACUAACUCGUGCUUUUUAAGCGUCCGUUAGUUGUUUUGAUCUCAGCGCUGUUUAUCUAUAUUCCGUGGUUUUAGGAAGCAAAUUUGUGACCAUUCACGUGUUAAAACAGUAUGGCAAAAGUACAAGUGCUAAAUGUAGCUGUCCUGGACAACCCAAGUCCAUUUAUCAACCCAUUUCAGUUCGAGAUAACGUUUGAAUGUAUGGAGGACCUUCCAGAGGAUCUCGAAUGGAAGAUUAUUUAUGUGGGCUCAGCAGAAAGUGAGGAAUAUGAUCAGACUCUUGACUCUGUCCUUGUUGGCCCAGUUCCUGCAGGGCGACACAUGUUUGUGUUUCAAGCAGAUGCUCCAAACUCCACCCUAAUACCUGAGAGUGAUGCCGUGGGCGUUACUGUUGCUUUAAUCACAUGUACAUACAGAGGACAGGAGUUCAUUCGCAUCGGCUACUAUGUUAACAAUGAGUACACAGACACUGAACUUCGUGAGAACCCGCCCCUUAAACCUGACUAUGGACAGCUACAGAGAAACAUCCUGGCUUCAAACCCACGUGUAACUCGAUUUCACAUCAACUGGGAGGGAUGUGCCGAGAAGAUGGAGGAUUCGGAGAAUGUAGACCCUGCACCGAAUGCCAUGCUGCCCCCAUCCUGCACCCCGAGCAAAGCACCUCCACUGGUACUGGUGCCAGACAACUCCAUGGACUGUUUGUAGUGAUGCAGGCUCCUGUGAAUAAUCCUCACAUAUGGACACUGUGGUGGAUAGGUGGAAUUUUUCAAACAUCAGUAAUUGGGGAGAAAAAAAAAAGGUACCUAAACCUAAUUUUGUCACAGGUAUCACACAUAUUUGAACACUCGGGUCUUCUCUCUGAUAUGCAAUAAAAUACUUUUUUUUUUUUUUUUUUUUAUAAACGUAAAUAGAGAGCUGGUGCGUUAUGAGUCUAAGACAUUAUAUAUGUUCUAGGAUGUGCUGCUGCUUAUGUGGUAUGUCUCAUGACACAUCAACCUUUUGAUCCAAAAUUCAUCCAGUUCUUAAAGCGAAGAGGUUGGAAGAUCAGAUAAGCUGUCAAAUGCAUAAUGCAAAACAAACUACACUUGGAUGCAGCUUCUAUGGCCAAAAUUGUUUGUUGGUGGGACUGUAUUAUAUUGUGUAUAUAUAUAUAUAUAUAUCUGUCUCUUUAUAUGCCAUUUAUUUUUUCAAGUUUUGGUACGUGAUUAAAUGGUCAUUGAAGUUGUACUAUGAUUUGU